AUGACCAUGCUGUUUGUGAGCGCAUUUGUGACUGACCUCUUCAACUACACGAACGUGGAAGGAAACAGCUCCAGCUGCUGCAGAGCUGUCCAAAGCCAUCUGAGGGUGGUGAGGUGUGGGCACGAGCAGGUUGGCGAUAAGGUAAUGGUCCUGGCUAGGUCUGGGCUCUGGCAAGAAGUUGUGAACGUGCCAGCCAGUCAGACUUUCCUGAUGCCUGAGGGGAUGAGCUUUGAGGAAGCAGCUGCUCUUCUUGUCAACUACAUCACUGCCUACAUGAUCCUGUUUGACUUUGGAAACCUGAGACCCAACCAGAGUGUCCUCAUCCACAUGGCUGCAGGUGGUGUGGGAACUGCUGCCAUCCAGCUGUGCAAGACUGUAGAAAAUGUCACCAUUUUUGGCACAGCAUCUGCCUCCAAGCAUGAUUCACUCAAGGAGAGUGGAGUCGCCUACCCUAUUGACUACAGAACGAUGGAUUACGCAGAGGAGGUCCGGAAAAUCUCUCCCAAAGGUGUUGACAUUGUCCUGGACCCCCUGGGAGGAUCCGAUACGUCCAAAGCAUUUAACCUGUUGAAGCCGAUGGGCAAACUCAUCACUUAUGGGCUAGCAAACUUGCUCACUGGGCAGAAGAAGAACCUCAUGGCUAUGGCUAAAACCUGGUGGAACCAGUUCAGCAUCAAUGCCUUGCAGCUUCUGCACCAUAACAAGGCUGUGUGUGGCUACCACCUUGGAUAUAUGGAUGAAGAAUUUGAGCUUAUCGGAGGUGUUGUAGCCAAGCUGGUUAACCUGUACAGUCAAGGCAAAAUCAAGCCCAAAAUAGACUCUGUAUGGCCCUUUGAUCAGGUGGCAGAUGCCAUGAGGCAGAUGCAAGAGAAGAAGAAUGUUGGAAAGGUCAUCCUGGUUCCUGAAGCACCCAAGGAAGAAACCAAAAAAGAAGAGAACUAAGGAGAAGAGAUGUGUGCAGAUUGUGAAUUCAUGGUUUAACUCCCUGAUCUUUGGGACCUGGAAAUGGACAGAUCAGUAGCUUCCAUCUUCACCAGUACAAGAACAUCGUGGUUAAAGUUCAGAUGAGGUUUGCAUGCUCUCAUUGUGACUGACCCUUUGCC